UCUGAUCGGAAGUGACAAUGCCUUUCGGUCGUGAUUUCCUUGUUAUGGAUGCGAUGAUUUGAUCUUUAGUUUAUGUCCAUAACAACAACAACUACAUAAUUUAAAUAAUAAACGCUGUACAGUCGUUUUAAGUAGUACAUUAGUUCAUAGUCUUUUUAAGCAUGACGGCAAUUAACGAAAGUUCCCUACGGAAAACGCUGUCGAAGAUUUAUAAAUACAGGGAUCUGACAGCACGCGACAUAACAAGCGUGACGUCUCUCUAUAAAGAUCUUAAACCUGUGAUGGACAACUACGUGUUCAAUGAUGGCUCCACCAAAGAGCUGUUGAGUCUCGCAGGAACGGUGCCAGUAAACUACCGAGGAAAUGUGUACAACAUUCCCAUCUGCCUGUGGCUUCUAGACACAUAUCCCUACAACCCUCCCAUCUGUUUUGUCAAACCCACAAGUGCCAUGAUGAUAAAAACAGGGAAACACGUUGAUGCCAAUGGAAAGAUUUACCUCCCAUACCUGCAUGAAUGGAAACCUCCCCAGUCUGAAUUGUUAGGACUGAUCCAGGUGAUGAUUGUAGUGUUUGGAGAAGAACCACCUGUUUUCUCACGGCCCACCACUCAGGCAACUUACCCAGCAUUCCCAGCAGCAGGCCCACCUAACACUUCUUACAUGCCAAGCACACCAGGGUUGCCUUAUGGUCAGGGUCACUCUGCCAAUCCAGGUGGAUUUCAGGGCUACCCUUAUCCUGCAGUAGGCCCUGGAUACCCCACUACCUCAGGCUCCUCUCUCUACACCCCAGUGUCUUCUGUCACUACAGUGGGACCCACCCGUGACGGCACCAUUGGUGAGGACACAAUCCGUGCAUCUUUGGUGUCUGCAGUCAGUGACAAGUUGCGCAGGCGGAUGAAAGAAGAGAUGGAUCGAGCACAGGCAGAGCUGGAUGCACUGAAAAGGACAGAGGAGGACCUAAAGAGAGGCCACCAGAAGCUGGAGGAGAUGGUGACCAAACUAGACCUGGAGAUGGCUGAUGUGGACAAAAACGUUGAUCUCCUUAAGCAGAAAGAUGAUGAGCUGACUGCUGCUCUGGGAAAAAUGGAGAAGCAGUCUGAGAACAAUGAUAUUGAUGAUGUGAUUUUGCCCACCGCUCCUCUGUAUAAGCAGAUUCUGAACCUCUAUGCUGAAGAAAAUGCCAUAGAAGACACAAUCUUCUACUUGGGUGAAGCGUUGCGCAGAGAUGUCAUUGACUUGGAUGUCUUUCUUAAGCAUGUGCGCCUACUCUCCAGAAAACAGUUCCAACUGAGAGCCCUGAUGCAGAAGGCCCGGAAAAUAGCAGGCCUCAGUGACCUGUACUGACCUGCCCAAAUAAAUCAUUCCCCCUCUCAGCUGUAACACAUGCACUAUAUGGCAAGGAUCCUACAUUUUAUCCAAGAACAGGAGGUUCGGGACCCUCCUUUUUAUAAAUCACAGUCUUUCUAAGUACGGAAAGAUGUGAAAGGUAACUAAUAUACCCAGGACCAAAAUAUUAAAGUUUACAUUCAUAUCGUCAUUAUUAAAAACAACAAGUGCUUUGAAUAUAUCUUUAUUAUGUAAAAAAUGAAGUGACCUUUGAGGUUCUUGCCUUCGCAGAGAGAAAAACAAUGGAAGGAAAUAAAACAUUUGCAAGAGAUAUUUUUGCUCCGCUAUGGAGUUUAGCAUAGCCUUAUAAAAAAUGGAAAAAAAAAACAGCAACCGUUGCA